UGACCUUGGAUCGUAUAUCUACUCAUCUCCUAACUCUCAGUAAUGCAAUUGGUGGUGUCAAUCUGAUCCCAGGUCGGUGCUUUUCGCGCGCUUCUAGUCUGUGACCACGUGUCUCCCUCCGGCCUACCAGCGGACCAUGUGGAGCAGCAAGAUGGCGGCGCGGUGGAGGGGGAAAGACGGGGAUUUAAAUGCCGGCAACAGCGACUUUCUGGCCAGCAACACUCCCAAUGAGUUGGUCCUGAGCAGAGUGGGAGGCGUGGAGAUGGACAGCCAGUCCUGCAUCGAUCACUCGAUCCUGGCCAUUUUUGAAGACUCCACUGUCUCGUCAGAGUACAAGAGUGGAGCGGAGGAAGAGAGCGAGACUCUGCUGUCGGCCCUGACCGAGAUGCUGGACAGCGUGGAGGACGACGACGGGACUCUGUCUCCCUUUGACACCCUGCCAGACACCAAGCUCCUCAGGGACACCUCAGUGGAACCAUCGCUUGCUGACAGACUGAGACCGAGAUCCAAAUCACCAAAUGUAACCUUCUCAAUGAAGAUUGAUGGAGAAGAUGAGAACAAACUGGAGAGAACCGGUCCUCCAUCGCUGUUCAAGCGACAAAGUCAAACGUUGUUUCACUCCACAAAUAAGAGAGCGGAGGCUGAAGUCGAGGUUUUCACCUCGACUUCUCUCGUCAACCUGGUGAGGCUCAUGCACCCCUACUGCCUGAAGCUGCGCGUGGAAGAGGAGGAGGAUAGACUGAGGAAGAACCACACGGUGUUCUCUCAGGAAGAGGUGUGGAAGUAUGAGAGACCCAGCGAAGAGAGCGAUGAAGAGAUAAAUGUUGUGUCUGAUGAUGAGGUAACGGGGAAGGACACAAAGGAGGAAGAAGAUGGAGCUGAAAAGAGAGCUAAUGACAUCCUCUUGAAGAGUGUGCUGCUGAAUGGAAACUCGUGCAGAACUCCUCCAUCCAGAGAGAGAAGAAGCGUGAGCUUUGGCCCCGUCCAAGUGGCUUCAUUUGAAUCGACAGAAAAGGGAUCGAACGAGAGAAAUGUAACAACUGGGCACACAAGUGAAACUGCAUCAGUUCCACUGAACAGCAUCAAAGCACUUGAAAGUCCGCCUGGUUCAGCACUUGAACCCCAAACACUGUCCUCAGAAAUGAGCAGCAACAAGGUGGUAGUUCUGUCUCUUAAAGGUGAGACAAAGGCCAAAUCGCUCAGCCUCCAGCAGUACAGACAGCUGCGCCAGCAGAGACGGCCUCUGGUGGAGAAGCUGGGAAACUACACCACCAUGUGGCCCUGUGUUUCUGAGCCCCCCGAGGGGCUGAACCCCAUCCUCUGUCUACAGAGACAAAACAGCUGUGGGCCAAAGGCAGCACACAGUUAUCCCGAAGGUAGGAGAAGUGGUGCUGAUCAGCUCCGAAUAUCUCAAACUCCAGGUCACAGGACCCAUUGCGUCUCCGCUCUGCCCACGCCUCACCCCUCAGAGCCCAAACCAUCCACUCAUCUACGCCGCAGCGGAUUGAAGCGCUCACGGACCGAAUCCAAAAUCACCUCAUCUGCCGGUCUGCAGCCAGACGUCACAGCCAACCCGACUGUUACUGUGCCUGAAAGCAAAAAAAGUCCAGUAAAGAAACAAACACUGCUCAGUAGUGAUCCCCCAAAUCCUGUCCUCCUCCCCCUACCGGUUAGCCAAACGGCAUCACCAACCGCUGACCCCUCCUCAUCAAAGUCCAAAGGGGAGUUCCUCAACAGAGACUCCUACCCUGACAGCACCAGACACUUUCCAGAAAUCCAAAAUGAACCCUCGGGCACAUCUCUUCAAAGACAGCCAUCCUCCUCAGGGCCGAAGCCCGAGGUGUUGUUAGUAAACCAGGGCUGCACCGCCCUGUUCCAGGAAAUUAAAAACAGGCUUACCGAGAUAGCUUCAGGCGUCUCCUCCGGACCCCCAGCGCUGGGCCCAACCGCAACACAAACCAAAUCUGCCUCAGGGUGCAAGAAACUGCAGCCUCAAAGAAGCGGUUCGAUCCCGACUGAAGAAGAAGCCAAGCUGGAACCAAAGACUCCUCGGUCACCAGGUCCAGAUACAGGGAGGCGAAUAACGUGUCCUUCCCUCCCUGCUCCUGUAGACGCCCCCAUACCAGUAGAGGGGACAGCAACAGCGGACUCAGGGAUUGAAGCACCCGAUGUGACCAGCCUGCUGGAACAGUUUGAGGAAACACAAGCUAAAGGGGAGCGGGUGUGUGAGAACGAGCCGGAGCCCGAACUCGCUCCUUCACAGUCGGACCUACAAACAGACGGAUGCCUGGACUUGGACAGAACUACGCCUGUAGUAACGCAGCGAGCCUCUGUGGAAACACUUGAACCUUUAGGCACUUCAGAAUCACCGGGGAACCCAGAAACCCUCGGGAGUUCACCACCUCUUCAAAGUGUCCCAGAGCCCCUCGGCACUGAGAUCAUCCUCAGCACUCAACAAGAUCUGCCAGCAAGACGCAGAAACCCUCCAUCCAAGGCCAUCCAGAUAAUCGACCCCCGUCCUCUACCGUCCAGGAAGACCAACACGAGCCUCCCCGCUGCCCACGUCUCUCCUCACACGUAUGCAUCCGUGUCCUCCGAUCACGAUUACUGCGGGACCGCCGACCGCUCGCUCACGAGUGUUCCUCAGCGCAGCAGAGCCUCUAAACCCAAGGAUGCGUCUCCAACCUCUGAUGAAUUGCAGGUGACGACCCACGACUCGAGUGCUGCUGCUGAAUGCAAAAAGCCGACCUCCACCGGCGAGAUCAGCGCCGCCGUCGGAGCCGUCGAUAACUCUGCAGUGACGCAGCGUCUCUCUGAGCAGCCCGGGACGAGCCCGUCCACAGACAUCGUUCUUUCGGACGUUGCUUCCACAGAGCCAGACUGCGUUUGUGCAGCUGAAGUCGAGACGCCGUCAUGCACGCUCCCCACGCCUCCACCCAGCCCUCCUGCCAGAGGCAGGGAGAAAGGAAGAUAUCGGAGAAGAUCUCCUCGUUCGGACUCCAGCUCCAGCUCUCCUUCCUCGUCGUCCUCCUCCAGCGCUGCAUCUCCCUCUCCAAAAAGACAAAAGCACCGCCACAAGCGUUCAGAGAGCAGUUCCUGUUCGUCGUCGUCAUCCCCCUCUCGCUCCCCACGUCGGCGCUACAGAUGGUCUUACUCCAGAUCGAGGUCGAGCAGGUCCAGAUCCAGAUCUUGGUCCCAGUCUAGGUCCACAUCCAGAUCCCGAUCGCCAUCCCCGCGGGUUUGCCGUAGACAGUGGACAGAUGUUUACAGCAGCAGAGAGUCCAGGAAGCUCAGGAGAGAGCACGAGAUCAGGAUCCAGAAACUUAAAGCCAUCGACGAGCGCAGGGUGGUGUACGUCGGCCGCAUCCGCGGGUCGAUGACGCACGACGAGCUGAGGGAGCGGUUCUCUCAGUUCGGAGACGUAGAGUGCGUGUCGCUUCACUUUAGAGACAGAAGUGACCACUACGGAUUUGUCACAUUCUACAACAUGGACGAUGCUUUUGCAGCCAUCGAUAACGGCGGGAAACUCCGGAAGCCGGAUGAGCUGCCGUUUGACAUCUGCUUUGGUGGAAGAAGACAGUUCUGUAAUUCACACUACGCUGACCUAGACGCAAACAGAGAUGCAGAGCCGGCUCCUGCCAAGACCAGGCCCGAGGACCUGGACUUUGAUUCGCUGCUGAAACAGGCCCAGAGAGGAAUAAAGAGGUAGCAGAGCCGUUUGAGAGCACAACAACACAAUGUAAUGCAGCAAAGAUGAAAACGGGUUUUGUUCAUGAACCUCAGAGCUUUAUGCUCGUACUCAUGUAGCAAACUUUUGUAUGGAAGUCUGUUCUUUUUAAAUGUUUUGACUCUUAAUACGCAUGCAGUUUCUGAUGUGCACAGUUAAUAUGAACAAAUAUGUAGCACUGUUUAUUUCAUAACAUGCUAUCAGUGGAACCCGCUAAAGAUUUGUGUUUCAUUCCACAACA